CCAACUUUUGCUAUUUUUAUAUACGCAAUUAGUAAUCCAGGUAUAGCAGGAAAUCCUGAAGACUAUGCAAGCUUGUAGAAUAAAAUUAUUGGAUUGGUUCUCUCCUCUUUCAAAGGAUUUUUCUGGCCUCGCCUCAAGGCUAGGUUUGAACAUCCUGUAUGCCCUGAUCCUCUAUUAAUCACCCUUUUAAUUCUCUCCUUUCUCUCAACAUUUUUUCAUAGUCUUCUUUCAUGGCCGUUGGCUAGAGGGAACUUAUGUUGCAUUCCGACAAUAAUUGAUGUUUUUGUAUCAGUCUGCGUAUAUUCACCAUUCAUCGAUCAUUUCUUUAAGGUUCCUUGAAAAUGGACAAAAGGGGAGGAAUAUUGAUGAACAGGUAUGAGGUGGGGCGAUUGCUUGGACAAGGGACAUUCGCCAAAGUUUAUUAUGGGAGAAACAUCAAGACGGGGGAAAGUGUUGCCAUUAAGAUUAUAGAUAAGAAGAAGGUAAUGAAGGUUGGUUUGAUUGAUCAAAUCAAUAGAGAAAUCUCUGUAAUGCGCCUCGUUAGGCAUCCAAAUAUUGUAGAGCUUUAUGAGGUCAUGGCAACCAAAACCAGGAUAUAUUUUGCAAUGGAAUACGUGAGAGGAGGUGAACUUUUCAACAAAGUUGCCAAAGGGAAGCUCAGGGAAGACGCUGCAAGAAAAUAUUUCCAACAAUUGAUUGGUGCUGUUGAGUUUUGCCAUAGCCGAGGGGUAUAUCACCGAGAUCUCAAGCCGGAGAAUCUCCUUCUCGAUGAAAAUGGCAACUUGAAAAUUUCGGAUUUUGGGUUGAGUGCAUUGCUGGAAUCUAGAAGGAAAGAUGGGCUUCUUCACACAACUUGUGGAACUCCUGCUUAUGUUUCACCAGAAGUUAUCAGCAAGAAGGGCUAUGAUGGAGCCAAAGCUGAUAUUUGGUCAUGUGGAGUUGUUCUUUAUGUUCUUUUAUCUGGUUAUCUCCCUUUCUAUGAUUCAAAUCUCAUGGAAAUGUACAGGAAGAUCUCAAGAGGUGAAUUCAAGAGCCCCAACUGUAUUCCACCAGAAGUUCGGAAACUUCUUACCAGGAUUCUUGAUCCUAAUCCCAACACAAGAAUCACCAUGGCUGAGCUCAUGGACAAUGACUGGUUUAAGAAGACUUGUAAACAAUUUGAACUCUCACAAUCCCCACAAGGCCAACAGAGAAACAAGUUUAUCGAGUCAUCGGAAAGCGAGAGUAGUUCAAGCACAUCAUCAAUGGCGACCAGAAGUCCAGUUAAACCGUAUCUUUACAAUGCGUUUGACAUAAUAUCUCUCUCCCAAGGCUUUAAUCUAUCAGGGUUAUUCGAGAAAGAUGUGAAUAGUAAUCUAGAAACAAGAUUCACUACAAGAAAGCCAGCCUCUGCCAUUGUAUCGAAAUUCGAAGAGAUAGCAAUGACGGAGGGGUGUGACUUCCACAAGAAGGAUGGAACAGUGAAAUUAAAACACAGCAGAGAAGGAAGAAAAGGGCAGCUCGCCAUAGACGCUGAGAUCUUCCAAGUGACACCUUCUUUUCAUGUGGUGGAGUUAAAGAAGGCAGCAGGAGAUACAAUAGAAUAUAAAGAGUUCUGCACCCAAGAAUUGAAGCCUUCUCUCAAGGACAUAGUGUGGACAUGGCAAGGAGAUCAACCAUAGCCGUAACAUAUGUUAUAAAUUUGUUUUAUUACUAUGUAUACCACGUAUCAAUGUUUUAAGGCCCGGACCGAACUGGACAUUGGUUCGGUCAAGGAGGCUGUCUGGGGCAAACUCAA